CUUCAAUACACACAGUACCACUCUCAACAGGUCAAUUUCCCCCAAUCAAAAAAAAUAAAAAAAUUAUAAUAAAUAUAAUUACGCAAUCUCUCGCACUUGCCCUCUUGUCUCUUUCUCUCUCAUCCUGCCUCUCUGUUUCUGUUUUUUCGGUUGCUCUAGUUCACCGUUGAUGGCGAUUUGUUAAAUACGGCGCACAGUCUGCUUAUUUUUUUUAUUAUUUCAUCUGUCCUUAGCUAGAGGUGAUCGAUUAGAUACCGAGGGGGAGAGAGCAAGAAGAACGAUGCCUGCAUUGGACUCUAUCGAUUCGCUUCUCUUCUCUCUCGCCAAAGCUUUUUGUAGUCCUUUUGCUAUUUUCAUUCAGAUCCAGGGAUGUCUAAUCUGCUUAAUUCUUGCAAUUGGUUGGGCUUUUGCUGCCUAUGUCAGGAAUAGGGAGAUCAAGCAAAUGAAAGAUAGCAUGAGACAUGGCAAUAGCUUGGCAUUUCUUUGUCAUGAUAUUAAUGAACUUGAGCACUCCAAUCAGGUCAAUUUGCCAAGGGUGUCUGUGGUCAUGCCUCUAAAAGGUUUUGGAGAACACAAUCUACACAAUUGGAGAAGUCAGAUUACAUCACUUUAUGGUGGUCCUUUAGAAUUUCUUUUUGUUUUGGAAAGUGCAGAAGACCCUGCUUACCAUGCUGUAUCUAGGUUAUUGUCAGAUUUUAAGGAUGAUAUCGAUGCUAAAAUUGUUAUAGCUGGUUUCUCAACAACUUGUAGUCAGAAAAUCCAUAACCAGUUGGUUGGGGUAGAGAACAUGCAUAAGGACAGCAAGUAUGUAUUGUUUUUGGAUGAUGAUGUUAGGCUUCACCCUGGGACAAUAGGCGCCCUCACUGCUGAGAUGGAAAAAAAUCCUGAGAUUUUUAUUCAAACUGGAUACCCUCUUGAUUUACCUUCUGGAAGUUUAGGAAGUUACUGUAUCUAUGAAUAUCAUAUGCCUUGUUCGAUGGGCUUUGCUACCGGUGGGAGAACAUUUUUUCUAUGGGGAGGGUGCAUGAUGAUGCAUGCUGAUGAUUUUAGACUUGAUCGCUAUGGUGUGGUCUCUGGACUCAAAGAUGGUGGAUACUCUGAUGAUAUGACUCUUGCAGCUAUAUCUGGGGCUCACAAGAAGCUCAUUACAUCACCUCCAGUUGCUGUUUUUCCUCAUCCCCUUGCCAGUGAUCUUAAUUUUGGAAGGUACUGGAAUUACUUGAGGAAGCAAACGUUUGUUUUGGAAUCAUACAUAUCAACGGUUAAUUGGAUAAUGAAUCGUGCAUUGUUUUCUUCCCACUGUUAUCUAUCAUGGGGAUUUGUGGCACCAUACUUUAUGGCUCUGAUGCAUAUAGCAGCUGCCUUGCGGACCUAUAUCAAAGGGUAUUCACCUGAGGAAACAAACAUUACUUCUGGUGGGUUGUUACUGGUAAGCUGCCUAGCUAUUUGCACCUUCACAGAACUUUUAUCAAUGUGGAACUUGACAAGGAUAGAAGUCCAGCUGUGCAACAUGCUAUCCCCUGAGGCACCAAGACUUUCACUUGCUACAUAUAACUGGGGCCUUGUAUUCAUUGCACUGGUGGUGGAUAACUUUUUAUACCCUCUAUCAGCAUUUCGUUCUCAUUUUUCUCAGUCUAUCAAUUGGUCUGGUAUCAGAUAUCACUUGAGGAAUGGGAAGAUAAACAAGAUUGAACGAAGCAAGAAUAUGGGUCCAACUUUUACAGAUUUGGGAGGAAAGCAUUUGUAUGGGAAGAAAGGAGCUCCACAAAAGAUCUCAUUUGUCAGCUCAUUGGCCAGAAGUUUGGCACAGUGGCAUCAGCCUAAGAAAUUUGAUAUCUAGAAUUAAGCUUCCUCAUACAAAUUAUUGUAAUCACUCUUCUUGCAUGUCGUGAUCUGAUGGGUGGAAAGGGUUUCAGAAGUAAAUUAUCAUUGUUUGAUUA